UUCUGUUCUGCUGAAUAAAGAAUGGAAGUGUCAGACAGAAAGUCUGAUUCAUUUUCUUUUAACUCUUGAUCAUUAUUCAAAGAUUUCUGUCGAUGGAUAAGAAGGAAGCAACGCGCACCUGCGGCCAAUGCCACAGAGACGUUGAAGUGGGCAACUUCACUCUGCAUGAAACUCACUGCAGCCGCUUCUUAUGCCUCUGUCCUGACUGUGAGGAAGCAGUUCCCAGACAGCAGCUUCAGCAGCACAGAGAGGAACAGCACGCCCAGGUGAGAUGCUUGAAGUGUAACCAGAAGAUGGAACGCUGUCAGCUGAUGGAUCAUGAAUCUGAUGAGUGUGUGGAGCGUCUGCAGAGCUGUCAGUUCUGCGAGCUGGAGCUGCCGUGGAAGGAGCUGAACGAACACCGCCUGGCCUGCGGGAGCCGCACCGAGCUCUGCGGCGACUGCGGCCGAUACGUCACCCUGAGGGACCGACCCGAGCACGGCUUGACCUGCUCAGCUACUGACGGCGGCUCCGGUCCUCCUCCAGCUACCGGCAAAAUACCAGCAAACAGCAAAAAAGUAACAGUGCUUUGCAGCAGAUGUGCGGCACCGUUUCCAGCUGAGGAUAUAGAGGAACAUGAGCUCAGGUGUGUUCCAGCAACCAGGUCUGACGAUGAAGAGGAUGAGCCAGAGGAGGAAGAGGAGGAGGAGGAGUGUGAUUUCUCCAUGCGGGGGGUCAGUCGGCUAAGCAGCACCUGUAAGGCAAACUCCCUGUCGCACAGACCCAGCAGUGGUCCGUGGGGUGAGGGAGGGGACCCGUACCAGAUCAGCACCUGCCCCCACUGCCACCUGGCCCUGCCCCUCCUCACACUACGCUGGCACGAGGUGAAGUGUCAAAUCUACGUCCUCUUGAAAUAAAGACAGAGCUCCUCAAGGAUCCGCUGCUUCAGAACGAUGGAAGACAACUAUUCUGACUGCUGACAUGUCAUUUUAUUCAGUUUUAGUUGUAUUUUAAUGUUGAAAUCUUUCAGUUCAGGUUUACACUUUGUUUUUAGUUUUAGGUAGAGAGUACGUGACUUGCAUGAUGAGUCGUUCAGAAUAUAACAGUCUGUAACCUGACACUCCUGAUACCUUCGUAAUGCUCUGUCUGAUAAA